AGAGGACUGCGUCACCCACUCGGUUGCAGAGGACCUCGUUGGACUUUCGAAUGUGGAGACUGAGAGUGAGGGAAUCGAUUCAAUUUCUCAAGCUUGUUCUCCCGCGGCACUCGGAUUCACAUUCACUCGAUCUUCCAUGAGCACGAGAAUGGAGGAACACACUUCUGAAGUCCUUACAGAGCAGGAAGCCGCUGUCUACGAUCGUCAAAUCCGUGUUUGGGGUGUCGAUGCUCAACGAAGAUUAAGUAAAGCUCGUGUUUUGGUGGUUGGCAUCUAUGGUGUCAUCGCAGAGACAUGCAAGAACUUAGUUUUAGCCGGGGUUGGCAGCUUGACAUUGAUGGAUGAUACACCAGUUACUUUGGAUUCUGCCGCAUCAAAUUUUCUCAUAUACGUAGAUGAGAUCAACAAGGAAGCCAAAUCUGUUGCCCAAGUCUGCGCUGAGGCUGUAGGAGAUUACAAUUCUAUGGUUCGCGUUCAAGUUGAAAAGGGAUACAUCUUGGACAAACCUGGGGAAUUUUUUGAUGACUUUGAUAUCGUCAUUCUGGGCCGAUCAUCACUCGAUCUAAAGAAGAAAGUAAAUGCGUUAUGUCGAUCGAGGCCUCAAAGAGUGGCAUUCUACGCCGUUGAUGUCAGAAAUUCUUGUGGAAGUCUCUUCAUCGACCUCCAAAGCUGCACAUAUAGAUCUCAGAAGAAAGAUGAUGACAAGGAGGUGGAGUACACCAAAAAGUCUUGCAGUUUGGAGGAUUCUCUAUCUGUUCGCUGGGAUUCUUUACCGAAAAGGGCUUCCAAGCUUUUCUUUGCAAUACGGAUUGUUGAGGAGUACGAGCAAAAAGAGGAUAAGCAGCCCGGACAUCUUACAACUAAUGAUUUGCCAGCUUUGCUGGUUUUCGGCACUGAGCGUCUGCAAGCACAGGGAUUGGCGAUGUCCAUCGCUGUUGAAAACCUUUUGAAGAAAAUUGCGGAAGCUGGGACAUUCGAACUUUCUCCAGUUUGUGCAAUCAUGGGAGGUAUCCUGGGGCAGGAAGUGUUGAAGCUCUUGUCUUGCAAAGGAGAACCAAUCAAGAACCUUUUUUUCUUCGACGCGUCUGAUGGGAAGGGCAUGAUUGAGGAUGUGUCUCCUUGAACGACAGGACAUCAAAAGCUGGAGUCUACAUUUUAUUUACAAUUUUUCAGCCCAACUUAGCACCGAAGAGCUCUCACGUAGUGCUUAAGUUUCUUGUCACGGGGAUUGGACUAUUCCAUUUACUACACCCACAUCUCGAUGGAUACAACAACCACACAAGCAUGUCGAAGGACUCUUUUCCGUACUUUUGUCCGUCGCUGUACAUAACAGAAGCAAUGGGUUUUUCCGAAGUUGUUGCAGUUGCCCAUGGAUUACCAAUUUUCCUUCCGGCGAAUGAAGUUUGAGUAACGUACAGGAGCCACGACGUGGCAUCGCGGUUGUUUUUAUACAAAUAUGCUGCUGAGAAGUUUUGAGCUCACAUUGGCUGGCUGCUGAUCCUAUGGGCCGAUAGUUGGAAGGGUAGGGUACUGUAUUUACAAGGUCCAGAGUUCUGAGUAUAGAAAUCGGCCAGACCAACUCUGUCAUCCUAUAGAGUUUUCUCAUCUAUUUGGCGACAUAAAUACAGUUCAGUAGAGCACAAAUGACGUUACGAGGCACAUCCUUAUUCCUCUGGCAAUGUACGGAGAUGCAUGGAAAGCUGGGCAGGUACGUCAGAUAGAUGUUUGUGUGAGAGGGUGCAGGUCAUUAUCUCAAGUCGCUCGAGGUAGCUUACCUGCCGUUACCUUCUUGCAUACGGGCUGUGUAUAGUAUCGUCCUACAGCGCCUUUGCUUUGUACUUCUCUUGAUGGCUUGUGCCAUCGACCUUUGUAUUCCAUGCUCCGCGGUUUUUCAGACGAUGUGUUUCCACCCU